AUGGGCGGAGGCGAUUCUCUUUAUGAAAAAAUCGAUAAUGGUGUUCGAAAUGCAAAAGUCAUUAUAUCUUGUAUAACACCCAAAUAUGUUAUAUCAGCUAACUGUCGACGAGAAGUGUCACUUGCUGAUGCAUUGAAAAAGCCAAUAAUUCCACUAUUACUUGAUAGAGUUUCAUGGCCACCACCAGGCCCUAUGUCAUUAGUUUUUACUGAAAAGCUCAGCAUUGAUUUUUGCAUUAGUGCUAACGAACCAAACGAAGAAAGGAUUCUAUGGAAUGGUAAUAAAUUUGAACGACUAUUAAUUAAACUUCAAGAACAUAUACCUGAAGUAAAUAUUAGUAAAUCAAAAGACCUUAUCGAUAUGAAGCGGCCAGCAACAGCUAACAUAAAAUCUACCACUGUUGCGAAUGGCGAUCAGGAGCAGCCAAUAGCAAAUGUUAAUACGUACGUUGUUGUUCAUGAGCAACCGACUUUACAAAGACCUGGAAGUGCACCAGUAAAUCCCCAAAGUCGUACAUGUAGCAUUAUGUGA